AUGAUCCCUCCUCCAUCUAUGGCGAACUAUAGCCAUGCAGGGGACCACACCAUCUUGCAGAAUGUCUCUCCUCUCGCCACGUUCCUCAAACUGACCUCUCUGGGUUUCAUCAUUGGAGUCGGCGUGGUUGGAAACCUCCUGAUCUCCAUCCUGCUGGUCAAAGACAAGAGCCUGCACCGGGCGCCCUACUAUUUCUUGCUGGACCUGUGCGCCUCUGACAUCCUGCGCUCCGCCAUCUGCUUCCCCUUUGUCUUCACCUCGGUCAAGAAUGGAUCCGCAUGGACCUAUGGCACGCUGACCUGCAAAGUGAUCGCCUUCCUGGGUGUGCUCUCCUGUUUCCACACAGCGUUUAUGCUAUUCUGUGUCAGCGUCACACGCUACCUGGCCAUCGCACACCACCGUUUCUACACCAAGAGGCUGACCUUCUGGACCUGUCUAGCUGUCAUCUGCAUGGUGUGGACGUUGUCAGUGGCUAUGGCGUUCCCGCCGGUGCUAGAUGUGGGGACGUACUCUUUUAUCCGGGAGGAGGACCAGUGCACGUUCCAGCACCGUUCCUUCCGGGCGAACGAUUCGCUGGGCUUCAUGCUCCUGCUGGCGCUCAUCCUCCUGGCCACGCAGCUGGUUUACCUCAAGCUCAUCUUCUUCGUCCACGACCGUCGGAAGAUGAAGCCUGUCCAGUUUGUGCCUGCUGUCAGCCAGAACUGGACCUUCCACGGGCCAGGGGCCAGCGGGCAGGCGGCGGCCAACUGGCUGGCCGGAUUCGGUCGAGGCCCAACCCCGCCUACUUUGCUGGGCAUCCGGCAGAACAGCAACGCGGCGGGCCGCAGGCGUCUACUGGUAUUGGAUGAAUUCAAAACAGAGAAGAGGAUUAGUAGGAUGUUCUACAUCAUGACGUUUUUCUUCCUGGCGCUGUGGGGGCCCUAUCUGGUCGCCUGCUACUGGCGGGUGUUUGCAAGGGGCCCCGUAGUCCCUGGGGGCUACCUGACGGCAGCCGUGUGGAUGAGCUUUGCCCAGGCUGGGGUCAACCCUUUCAUCUGCAUCUUCUCAAACAGGGAGCUUCGGCGCUGCUUCAGCACCACACUCCUCUACUGCAGAAAAUCCAGGUUACCAAGGGAACCCUACUGCGUUAUAUGA